AUGAAGGCGAUGCAGGAAACGAGUUCCCCGGUGGGGUUCCGGUACGACUCCAUGGAGCAGCUGUGUAGCUCGCUCGGGGCUAUCAUGCCGAUCAAGCGCCUUCUUAUUGCCAACAACGGACUCGCCGCCGUCAAGGGGAUGGACUCGAUUCGAUCAUGGAUGUACGAGCACACGGGCGACUCCGAGGCGGUGCAGUUCGUGGUGAUGGCCACUCCAGAGGAUCUAAAGGCGAACGCCGAAUUCAUCUCGCUCGCGGACAAGCAUAUUCCUGUUCCGGGCGGCAUGAACAGCAACAACUACGCAAAUGUGGAUGUCAUUAUGCAGACAGCGCUGCAGAACAUGUGUGACGCCAUCUACCCCGGCUGGGGCCACGCCUCCGAAAACUCGGCGCUGCCGCGCGAGUGCAUGAAGUCCAAACGCGUCACCUUUCUAGGCCCGUCUGAGGAUGCCAUGUUUGCGUUGGGAGACAAGAUCGCCUCAACGAUUGUGGCGCAGUCCAACGGCGUACCGACGGUGCCGUGGAGCGGCGACAGCAUUCGCCUCCCCCCAAAGACCUUCUCUGUGGACGCCGCAGCGUACGAGAAGGCGUACGUGAACUCGCCGGAGGAGUGCGAGGAGGUGUGCCGCCGCAUCGGCUUCCCCGUGAUGAUCAAGGCGUCUGAGGGCGGUGGUGGCAAGGGUAUCCGCAGCUGCAAGUGUCUGAAGGAUGUCAAGAACUUGUUCUUCGCCGUGUCCGAGGAGGUGAAAGGCUGCCACAUCUUUGUGAUGCGCAUGCUGGAGAAUGUGCGUCACCUGGAGGUGCAGCUGCUUGCCGACUGCUACGGCCACUGCAUCGCCGUGCGCACGCGUGACUGCAGCGUGCAGCGGCGCCACCAAAAGAUCAUUGAGGAGGGCCCCGCCUUCGGGGUCGAUCCCGCCAUCAUCACGGCAAUGGAAAGCGCGGCCAUUCAGCUGGCCUGUGCGGUGAAGUACUGCGGUCUCGGCACGGUGGAGUACAUGUACGACAAGGAGACGCACAAGUUUUACUUUUUGGAGCUGAACCCGCGCAUCCAGGUCGAACACCCCGUCUCGGAAAUGAUCUCGGGCGUGAAUCUGCCGGCUGCCCUCUUCUGCGUCGGCAUGGGCAUCCCGCUCGACCGCAUUCCGGAGGUGCGCGCCUUUUACGGCGAGGACCCGUACGGCACCACCCCGAUCGACUUCUCGGCCCGCCAGAGCGUACCGCCGAAGUGCCAUACGAUCGCGGUGCGCGUGACGGCCGAGGACACGGACGAAGGCUUCCGGCCGACCUCCGGCAAGGUGGAGGAGAUUGCCUUCAAGAACAGCAAGGAGUGCUGGGGCUACUUCUCCGUCGGCUCCGGCGGUGAGAUUCAUCAGUACGCCGACUCGCAGUUUGGCCACAUCUUUUCCUCCGGUGAGACCCGCGAGGAAGCGCGCCGCGGGAUGGUGCUGGCGCUCCGCAAACUUGUCGUCCGCGGCGAAAUCCGCACGUCGACGUCGUACGCCAUGGAUCUGCUAGAGACACCGGCUUUCCGCGACUGCGAUGUGAGCACGGCUUGGCUGGACGGCAUGAUCGCCAAGAAGGCGGCCGAAGCGCCGGCGCACCAGCGCAGCAUCCACUCCGCGCUGAUCGCCGCCAGCAUCUACCGCAACAUGCGCUGGAUGCAGGAACACAAGGACAAGUACAUUGCCUUCCUCGCCGCCGGCCACGUGCCGUCCACGGAGUACCUCUCCAACCUUCACACCGAGUCCUACGUGAGCCGCUCGGAGAAGUACACGCUGAGCGCCGGUAUGGUGAGCCUCAACGAGUACGCCAUCUCCUUGAACGGCAGUAUCGUGCUGGUGCCCUACCGCAUCCUCAAGUCUGGUGCCCUGCAACUGACCAUCGGCGACAAGACCCUUGUCGCCUACGUCGCCGAGGAGCCGAACAGCCUGCGCAUCACCAUCGGCGGCAAGGUGACGAACUUCUCCGGCGACGUUGACCCGACGAAAAUUAUGGCCAGCGUCCCCGGCCGCCUGGUGCGCUACGUCGUCGACGAUGACGGCCACGUCAACGAAGACGACGCGUUUGCCGAGUUGGAGGUGAUGAAGAUGAUUCUGCCGCUGCGGGCCAGGACUACCGGUACAUUGCAUCACCGCGCCGUGCCGGGCACGACCAUCGCAAUGGGCGCACUGCUGGGCGAGAUCACCCCGGACGACCCGAGCAAGGUCGCUCGACCGAAGGAGAUCAAAGACCCGUGGCCGACGGAGCUGCUUGUCGCCCGUCAGUACGAGCGGCCAGACGGCGUUAUGCGCGCGCGCCGCGCCGCGGAGUCGCUGUGGUUGCUCGUCAACGGCUUCCAUUUCAAGGAGAUUCCGAUUGAGGAGCGGGUGCGCAGGGCGUUCGCCGACCUCGCCUCGCUGAGUCUCUCAUCGGUCACGCUCAAGGCGGUCCACCUGCCCUUCAUUCCAGCCGAGAUGUGCGAGGAGACGGAGGCGCGCCCGCAGACGCCGAGCGAGAAGUACCGCGCCAUCAUCGACGCCAUUGUGGAUCGCUACGUCACCGUGGAGCAGCCCUUUGACGGGCACAGCCGGCAAGAGGCGAUCGAGGGGCUGCGCAACACCUUCGACGACAACGAGGCCGUCUUCCAGAUAGACUUUGCGCACAACCAGGAAUGCCACCACUACGUAAUGCGCAGCGUGCUGAAAUACCUCGAGGGCAACGCGCUGCUUCUCAAGUCUCUGAAAGGGACGCUGUCGAAGCUGGUCACCCUCAAGUCCUUCGCGUAUGGCUCGCUGCUGCUGCAGGCGCGCUACCUGCUCCGCUUGUGCUCCUUACCGUCCUUCACGGAGCGCAAGGCGCAGUUCGCGGAGGCCCUGGAGGAGGGCAGCUUACGUAGCCUCGUCGCCAGCAGUUUCGGCUAUGACCUCCUCUGCUCCAUCAUGUUCGACCGUCAGAUGGAGCACCUAGUGCACAUCUGCCUCGAGCUGUUCAUUCGCCGCGAGUACUCUGGCGAGAGCGAGAUCGAGGACCUGGACAUUUUGAAGCAGGGCACCAACUGGUACGCCAGCUACAACUUUGACCCCAUCGAGGACGCGGAAGUGCUGCACAUGACCGACGAGCUGGCGGUGGGGUCGCGGAGAAUAAUCGGUGGGCGGGGCAUCUGCGUCAUGCUGCCCGAUGAGAAGCUGCUCCAGUCGACGCUAGCCUCGUCUUUCCGCGAUGUUGUGUCACACUACAGCGACGACAUCGUCAUCGCGACCGUCUUCUUCUCCGUUUCGCGCGAGUCGACGCAGUCAGACGUGGCGCGCAUGUGCCGCCGGCUGAUGGAGGAGAACGCGGCCGUCUUUCAGAACUUCGAAAAGCUUGAGACGGUAUACUUCAUGGCGCACGGGAUGCCGGAGGGGCCGCAUUUCUUCACGUUCCGGGCGGAGACGGGCUUCCAGGAGGACACACUGCUGCGCAACGUGCUGCCACAGUCGGCACGUCGUCUGGAGCUCGACCGGCUGUCGAACUACGAGGUGAGCAUGCACCCGACACCCUACAAGGACGUACACGUGUUCAAGGCGGCCCCCAAGAAGGCUGGCGCGUCCGCGCUGGAGCACCGCAUGUUCGCGCGCGUGGCGGUGACGCCUCACGACAUGGGCAUGACUCCCUGGACGGAGGCGACGGACGUGGAUGUGGGCCACAUGCUGGCCAAGUGCCUGGCGGCGCUGCAGGUAGCCCACGACGACUCAACAGUGAAGUUUCCGGACAGUAAUCACGUGUUCGUAAAGAUGAUUGAGCUGACCUUCGACGUCCGCUCGCUGCAGACCCUGCUGGUGGCGGCGGCCAGCUCAUACCAGGAGAAGCUGACGGAGUUGGGUGUGCGGGAUGUGGAAGUAUCCUUUCACGUGAAGGUGCCGUCGGGUCUCAUUCCAAUGCGUGUCAUCGCCAGUAGCCCGUCUGGCUAUGGCGUGUCGGUGCAUGUCUACUACGAGUCACUGUCGAACGGCCAGCUGCAGCUGCACCGUGCCGAGACGUCUGAGGAUGUCUACUACUCGUCCACGGGCCGCCCCGCCGAGCUCCUGCUGGAGAUGAGCCUCGCCUCCCCUAUGAUGCCGCCGUCGCGGGAGACGCCGCAUCUGGUGCGCACCGCGUCGAAGCUGGGUGACCUGCGCGAGAUGCUGCCGUCCGAAAAAGAGCAGCAAAUUUCCGUCGAUAUGAUGUCGGAGCCGACGGAGGCGCGCCACCGCGCCAUUACUCUCGGGCCAUAUCCACAGCUGGAAGCGCGUGACGUGAAGCGCCUGCAGGCACGCCGCGCCGGCACCACAUACGUGCACGACUGGCCCGCUGUGCUGAACCUUAUCUUACGUAAGGAGUGGAUGAAGCAGCGCUGCGCGCUGGAUCUGUCUCAAGCCUCCAUCCCAAAGAACCCGCUGCGCGCCACGGAGCUCUUCCUUUGCGAGGACGGUGAGUCGCUGUCGACGAAAAAGACCUUUGCGCAGCCGUGUGGCAUGGUGGUGUGGAUGGUCGAGUACGCACCGCCGCGCUACUUCGAUAUGGAGUUGAAGACGGCGCCGACGCGCCGCAUCGUGGUCGUCGCCAAUGACAUCACCUUUCAGUCCGGAUCCUUCGCCGUCCCGGAGGACUGCGUCUUCAAGGCCGCCUCGGUGCUUGCCCGCGCGCAGCACGUGCCGUUUGUGUACAUCAGCACCAACAGCGGCGCACGUCUUGGCCUCAGCACCGAGGUCAAGAAGAGGUUCCUCGUCGAGUUCACGGAGAAGAAUGAUAUCGCCUACCUGUACCUCACCAAGAGCGACUACGAGGAGCUGAGGGAGCGGAAGGAGAUUCGGAUGGAAGUGGAACCGCUUGAGGUGAAAGGCGAGACGCGGUACGUGAUUAAAGGCGUGGUGGGUGGGCCGACGGAGUACAUCGGCGUCGAAAACCUGAGCGGGUCUGGUCUCGUGGCGGGUGAGAUGUCGAAGAACUAUAGCGAGAUCCCGACCAUCAGCCUCGUCUCGGGGCGCAGUGUCGGCAUCGG